GCCUGGCAGGGAGAGGACGCCACACAGCCCCUGUGUUUCCUCAAAGGCUGUCGGCUGUAAGUGGCAGUCAGCCCGGGAUUACACCGGUACCGCUAAUGAGCUUAUAUAUCCGCACUGUCAACACCGUCCACGAAUUAGCUCGACACAGGCAAUGUCGGUAGUAUGCGUUUAGAUUAUGAGUAACGUCCCUCAACAACGAAUUCCUACAUCACAACAAAUACAGGCCAGUCUGUCCAUCUGGGGAUGGGGGGGUCUUGGAGUCGUGCUGUUCCUUGUCACCUUUGGACCCUUUGCCAUAUUCUACCUGGCCUUUUAUAUCUUUUGCUUCAUUGGAGGGGGGUUUGCGGUCACUCUGCUCUAUGGAAAGAUCAAUUCAGAGAAACACCUGGAAAAGUGCGAGCACUCUUACUUGCCACCCACACAAAUUGGUAUACUGAAGACAUUGGAUGAGAUGAAGUUGGAGUUGAAGUCUAUAAAGAUUGACAGGAGACUGACUGGCUCCAGUUUCAUAGAUGAACCACUACAACAGGUAAUCCAGUUUGCUCUGAGAGACUACAUCCAAUACUGGUACUACACUCUGAGCGAGGAUGAGUCCUUCUUAUUGGAGAUCAGACAGACGCUGCAGAAUGCCCUCGUCCAGUUCUCUACAAGGUCCAAAGAGGUGGACUGGCAGCCUUACUUUACCACUCGCCUGGUGGACGACUUUGCCACCCAUUUACGUGUCUUUAGAAAAGCCCAAGAUCGCCUCGCGGACAGAGAGGACAAACAAAGGGACAUAACAGAGGAGCUGGUGGACUCCUUCUUUGAGGCCGAGGUGGAGAUGGAGAGGAAGAUUUGUCGAGAUGUAGUGUGCACUUCAAACAAGGAUGAAGAAGGUUUUCUUCGGGACUUGUGUGAGCUACUUCUGUAUUUGUUACUACCUCCUGGAGAUUUCCACAACAAGAAUAUGAGAUACUUCCUAAGGGAGGUGCUGGCACGUGGUGUGCUACUUCCUCUGAUUAACCAGCUGAGCGACCCAGACUACAUCAACCAGUUUGUCAUCUGGAUGAUACGGGACUCCAGCUGUAACUAUGAAGCCUUCAUGAACAUCCUGAAGCUGACAGACAAGCCUACUGAGUUGGAGGCUGUCAAGGACAAGGUGCUGGAGGAGCUACAGUACCUCCGCUCCCUGGACACCGCAGGAGAUGACAUUAAUGUGAUCAAGAACCAGAUUAACAGUCUUCUGUUUGUGAAGAAGGUGUGUGAGACCAGGAUCCAGAGACUACAGUCUGGCAAGGAGGUGGAUGCCUUGAAGCUGGCAGCAAACUUUGGCAAGCUGUGUGUUAUCCCACUGGAUCACAUCCUCAUCCACAACAUAGCCCUGCAUUUUUUCAUGGACUUCAUGCAGGCAGCGGGGGCCCAGGCAGAGCUGUUCUUCUGGCUCACUGUCGAGGGCUACAGGGUGACAGCACAGCAGCAGCUUGAGGCCAUGCAGGGUUGGCAGAAGGACGGCAAGAAGCAGCCCAGCGCCACGAAGGGGCUGCUGAAGACUGCUGCACAGGGUGUCUAUGACCAAUACCUCUCUGACAAGGCGUCUCCCAGGGUGCAGGUGGAUGAGGUGUCUGUAACAAAACUAGGGGAGAAACUACAGAAGGACGACCCCACACCGGAGAUAUUUGAUGAAAUCCAGAGAAAUGUGUAUGACAUGAUGCUACGUGAUGAACGCUACUACCCCUCCUUUAAGCAGAGUCCUCUCUACGUCCGCAUGCUAGCAGAGCUGGACAUGUUGAAAGAGCCGAGUUACCGGGGAUCUGAUGACGGCGACGGAGAAUCCUUCAACGGCUCUCCAACCGGAAGCAUAAACCUAUCUUUGGACGACUUGUCCAACUCCUGCCAUGAUGAAUUUAUGCACCUACAUGCCUUCAUCUCCGACACAGCUGACACUUGUCUCUCCGGAUUCUGGGGUGCUGCAGGGGUUUGCAAUGACCACGGUAAGACCUACGCGCUGUACGCCAUCACUGUGUUCAGACGCAACCAGGACGGCAGUGAGGACUGCUGGAAGACCUAUCGCCGCUACUCGGACUUCCAUGACUUCCAUAUGAGGAUCACCGAACAGUUUGAGAACCUUGCCUCAAUCCUCAAGUUGCCAGGAAAAAAGACCUUCAACAACAUGGACAGAGAUUUCCUGGAGAAGAGAAAAAAAGACCUCAAUGCUUACUUACAGUUGCUGCUGAACCCAGAGAUGGUAAAGGCCUGUCCAACUCUGAUUCCGUAUGUCUAUGACUUCUUAGAGAACAAAGCCUACAGCAAGGGCAAGGGAGAGUUUGCACGCAAGAUAGACACAUUUGUAAAUCCUCUGAGGAGCUCCAUGAGAAACGUGUCCAACGCGGUGAAGGCCCUGCCAGACAGUCUGGCUGAGGGCAUGACCAAGGUCUCUGAUAACAUGGGCCGCAUGUCAGAGAGACUGGGCCAGGACAUUAAACAGUCCAUACUCAAGGUGCCUCCACUCCUCCCCAAGUCUGACAUCGACCCUGAACACUGCCGAGUCUCUGCUCAGCUAGAUGACAAUGUGGAUGACAAUAUCCCACUGAGGGUAAUGCUGCUGCUGAUGGACGAAGUGUUUGACCUCAAGGAGAAAAACCAGUGGCUGCGCAGGAACAUUAAGAACCUGCUGCAGCAGCUCAUCAGGGCCACAUAUGGAGACACCAUCAACAGGAAAAUUGUGGAUCAUGUGGACUACUUGACCUCACCAGAGCAGGUUGCAGACUAUGUCAAGAAGUUCAGGGAUUCCUACUGGCCCAACGGUAUUCUGGCUGAGACGCCGCCCCGCCGGGACAAGAGCAUCCGCAUGAGGACACGAGUAGCUGCCAAGACCAACCUGCUGGGCAUCAUGCCAGAUGAGCUGAAGCACAUCAUCGGAGCGGAUACCACAAGAAAGGGCAUACUCCGCGUCUUCGACAUGUUCCAGUACCAACCCAUGAAUCGCCGGCUAGUCUACGUUUUCCUGGAGGGCUUCUUGGAGACGAUGUUCCCCCAGUACAAAUUCCCUGAGCUCUUUGUCAAGCUGCACUCCCGCUCACCACGCAUCCACAGAUAUAGCCAGAAACUCAAAUCCUCCUCCCUCAAGAGGUGACAGGAGAGGACAGAGGCAGCGGGACACGGGCCGACUAGACACACACAGACUUGAGAGCUGAGAGUGAGAGUGUGGAGGGCUUGAUGUGAAUGUUGAGAAGUGUGUGUGUGUGUGUGUGAGUGUGUGAGAUUUCUGCCCUUCCACUCCCCUCACACACUCUUUUCAGUGAAAACACUCCAAUUACCCAGCUGAUCAUUUCUGUCGAGACAGAAGUGAAGGAUGAACAACGCACACUCUGCCCUCCUCUCACUCUGUGACACACACACAUGCGCAAACACAAAUCCUGUAAUUUGCACCAAGACUGAUCGUGGCAGUCUUUUCUUUUAAAUACUUUCCUCCUCCUUUUUGGACUUUUUACUUGUGUUUAGCUUUACCCUGGGCCAGUCAAUGCUGCGUUCUUGUGGUCCAGAGAGCAGACCACAAAUACUGUAUUGUUUUUAAACUGCAGGAGUAGAUAGCAUAGACCCACACCUUGCCUUACCUUCCCGCUUCUGUCUUCUGGCCAGCGCAGUCUUUUACCAUCUCAGUGACCUGGCCACUCAGCUGUAGUCAAACUUACCCUCAUGCUGUAGGCAUUUUAUCUGCAAAAGCUGCACACUUGCUAACAUGCAAAUUAUAUAUUGUUUUCAUAGCAACCAAAAAUGUCAAUAGCACUGGGUUAAAAAGGCGCUGUUUUUAAAAUGUGACUGAACAAAUGUGGGUCGAAAGGAUGAUUUAGAUUUUUAUUGUCCGCAAUUUAUUUUCUAGCCUCAGUGCUUCUCGUGAGACAUGAUGAGAAUUAUUAUUUUCUUUCUUUCCAAAGUAUUUGCAUCAUCUGUACCACCCAUCAUCCUCAAAUAAUAGGCCACACCCCCUUUAAGGCUACUGUCAUAACCCGUGAUGACCAAAGCUCAUGCUGAUCCAUACGUGUGUGCACUGGUUUGAUGUCGGGAUACUCUGUGCUUACUGUGCUUCGAUAUCGUUAAUCAUGCGAGGAGAGAGAAUGCAAAGAUGACCUAAAGGGCGAGACUGUGAGGACACACACCGAAGUGUGUUACAGUUGUGGGAGGCUCAGCUCUGGUUGUCCAAGUGCACCAUCAAAGAAUGUACUCUCUGGUCCAGUCUGUAUUUGGCUCGUGUAGAACUUUGUGGGUGUGUGUGUGUGUGUGUGUGAACGUGUGUGUGUGUGUGUUUAGCACGAAGAUGUAACCGUCUUCAGUCAGAAACUGUGCCAGUGUGAGCUAGUAAACCAGCCUUAAAACUACAUACAGUAUAUACUGACCAAGAGACGCUCGCUAGAGGUAGCUCUCCUCCACACGACUGAACAUUACAAGGAAAUCAAGAUAGAGAUAUGGAGAUAUAUCCCUAAUCACUUUUAUUCAGAGAAAAUGUCUUUAAUUUUGUGCAAUAUCUUUUUUUUUUCUUUAAUGCAUGUGUAUUUUGAAUCAUAGUAUACUGAAAAAAAAAAAGUUAUUCAUAUUGUUUUAAUAGUAGAAAACAUGAAAGAAGUUUCCCCAGAAAUGUCUUCUUAUCCCAACAACUUAACAUUCCGUUGUUGUAAAAGUACAAUGUUUAUUUUACAGACUUGUUUUAUAAGUCUGAGUUUUUUUUCUUUUGGUUUUUUGGUGUGUGAGAGGUUAUUUUUUUCACUUAUCCCUCACCAACUCAUACAGAAUCUGUGUUUCGGGCAGUGGCAGCGGGUUUUCUGUGUGGUAGCCCCAAUGAUUAGCUCAUUGGGCUAUAGUUAGUUCAGAGGCAGCCUAAAACAACUGUUUCUUUUUAAACUCAUAAGUGGCGUUUUAUGCAUUCAAGCCUGUUCUGUUAAGUGUGAACCGAUCUUCGUUGUUAUGAACUGACAGUCGGAGGGAAACGCCCCACUUCUCCUUCUGUCCAAUAGGCUCACAGGAAAGCCAUGUACUGUGAGCAAUGGAAUCACUGCUAAUGAGCACUUAACGUAGCAACCGGCCGGACGGAGCCCCAUUCUGCUGCCGUCAUUGGAUGGAACUUCCUCGCCUGCUUUGAUUUGCUUGCACUGAGCAGCCCUGGUGGACUCUGAUUGGCUGAGCAGGAGAACAUGAACUGGAGCCUCACUUACUGGGAGGUGAAUAUUUUGUCCCCACGGUGGAGGAGGAGGUGUCACCUUUAACUUUCUGCACACCUCUCCUUACAGGAAGGCUCGUCUUUUUUUUUAACCCCAGUAUUUAUGAUAAUCUAUGAUAAUAUAAAUUGUGCAUAUAUGUGUACAGUAUGUGUUAUAGUGUGCCUAAAUGUACUGUCAACUCUAUUUUCAUAUUUUUCUUUAACCUAAAAAAAAAAUCAAUCAGAAUGUCAUGAUCAUUUUACGCGACUGAAAAUGACUUUAGGGUGUUUUUUUGCAUCAUGCUUAUCAAACUCUUCCUUGUGAGCAACUGUGCUCAGAUCAGUAUAACACUAAUAAAAGGUAACUCAGACUAACUGA